AUUAGAUUUUUCAGGUUUAAAGUCAAUUUUUUUUUUUUUCCAAUCCAGGAGAAAGCAAAUCGGAAAAUAUUAAUUACAGUAAAUCUAAGCUGAUUCAACUAUAUUUUCUCUUAGUGAUAUACAUUCCACUAGUUUCAGCCAUGUUUUUGCAAUUCAUUUAUGGAAAUGAAAAGCAUCUCUCUCUCUGCUGCCAAUUUCCAAUUGGAUGACACAUUGUUUUUCCAUUUAAUAUUUGUCUAAUCUUCCAUGUAGCAAUCAGCAUCUCAAACACUCUGUGAAUUUCAUAUUCCUUGAUACUCUUGUGGGAACCGAGCUGUCAAGCUCACAUAUGAAGGAUGCUUGUUUAAUCAUAAAGAAUUCGACAUAAGCAUCGUCCUCUCAUAUCUCCAUUAUGAGCAUUCUUUCUCCAUACAUUGUUAAGGAGAGGAUAAUUGUGGGCUCUGAUCAGAGAGCCGUCAUGCAGCCUGCUGGUUAUGCCUGUUCAGGAACCCUGGAAUCUGAUGUGGAGCAACCUGCGCUCUUUAAAACAAUUGCAUCAGAUUCAGUAGCUGGCUUCGACAAUGGAAAUGCUGACUUUGACCAUCCCUUCCAACCAAGAAGAACUGCUAGAGCCCAUUCUUCAUCAGACCUUAAUUUGGCAGAAGAUUCAGCAGCAAUAGGAAACACUUCUCAUAGACCCACAACGUCCUCAAUGAAACCAUCAGAUGCAUUCAUGACUUCACACCGAUCAGAUUUGGUUUCUGUGAGCAUGCCUGCCUCUCCUUCUGGACUUUAUCUUAUGAAGAAAGCAAAAGGAGUUCUUUCAAAUGAAAAAGUGAUUGGCAAAACUUCAAACCCUAGGCCUGAUCAUGACCAUAACAAAAACACAGCUGCUGCUACCACAGAGCAACCCAGAAAUGUGAAAUUUUAUUCUCACCCCAUUCUUCCUUCUUGUGUCUAUGAUGAGGCAAUUGCAAAGGGAACAGUUCCUGAACUUUUCAAACAGGUGCCAAAUACAAAAUCGAGAGAUACAAAGCCUAAGUACACAAGCUUCAAGUCUUUCAAGACAUGGUAUGGGAAACUUGACAAGCAGAUGUCGCUUGAGGGUGGGCCCCAGCCUAAAGGAGAACCCAAUUUGGACUCGUCUGAGAAUGUUAAUAUUGAGGCCAUGCCGGUUCACCGUUAUUUUGAUGCUCUAAAAGGACCUGACUUAGACAUGCUCAGGGAUUCAGAGGAACUGCUGCUUCCUGAAGAUGAGAAAUGGCCUUUCCUUCUCCGGUUUCCCAUCACCAGUUUUGGUAUCUGCCUCGGCCUCAGCAGCCAAGCCAUUCUAUGGAAAACCCUUUCUGUAACUCCCUCCAUGAGCUUCCUUCACAUCAACCUUACUGUCAACCUAGUACUCUGGUGCAUCUCUCUAGCAGUCACAACUGUCAUCUUCUCAGUCUACAUCCUAAAACUUCUAUUCUAUAUCGAAGCCGUUAGGAGAGAGUACUACCACCCCAUUCGAGUAAACUUCUUUUUUGCCCCAUGGAUAGCCUUGAUGUUUCUAGCACUAAGCAUGCCACCUGCUCUCUCUAGAAAACUGCAUGGUUCAAUUUGGUAUGUUCUCAUGGCACCCAUCUUUAUCCUUGAGCUUAAAAUCUAUGGGCAGUGGAUGUCUGGGAGUCAACGUAGGCUUUCUAAGGUAGCAAACCCCUCAAACCACCUUUCAAUUGUGGGAAAUUUUGUGGGUGCUCUUUUGGGUGCCUCAUUAGGACUAAAGGAGGGGCCAACCUUCUUCUUUGCUGUUGGGUUGGCGCACUAUAUAGUGCUCUUUGUGACUCUGUAUCAAAGGCUACCAACCAAUGAGACAUUGCCCAAGGAUCUUCAUCCGGUGUUUUUUUUGUUUGUUGCUGCCCCUAGUGUUGCUUCUAUGGCAUGGGCCAAGAUCCAGGGGGAUUUCGACUAUUUCUCGAAGAUCAUUUACUUCAUUGCUCUCUUUCUCUAUGGUUCACUGGCUGUUAGACUGAAUUUCUUUCGAGGAUUCAGGUUUUCAUUGGCAUGGUGGGCUUAUACAUUUCCAAUGACUGGAGCCGCUGUAGCUACCAUCCGAUACUCAGACAAAGUCCAUCAUCCCCUAACCCAAUCCCUCUCGAUCAUUCUUUCUCUCGUUGCAUCACUCGUAGUUACUGCAUUGCUCCUCACCACUCUCUUCCAUGGCUUCAUCCUUAGUGACCUUCUCCCUAAUGACAUUGCCAUCGCCAUCUUCCGUAACCGUUCAAAGCCACACAAGAAACACUCUCACAAAAAACAUGAGGAUACCAAGGCAAACGAUUGCAGUAAUACUGGAAGCAGUCAUGAUAGCAUUAAUAGGAAAGGCGACAACCAUGGCUCUGCUAUUCACAUAUGCUAAAACUAAAACUUCGAUUGAGGCUGAGGUUGUUUUGGUAGAGGAAAAUAGAAUGAUUUUAUUAUACAUGGUUUUGCAGAGCAAAGACAUGAGAUAGGAGUAUAUUUCAGUGGGACUGGUUGCUGUAAUCUAGAGCCAUGUCGGCUGUUGAGAUGCCUGAAGCUUCUUAUGUAAGUAGUUGCGGCAUUACUAGUGUACAAGAUAUCAGAGUUAGUGCAACGCUUAAUGUGCUUGUUUUUACUCUC